AUGCGUGGUUUGCUUGUCCUCUUCGCAUGCUUCAAGAGACCGGCAAGCAUGCAGUUCGCUGAUGGGAGGGAGAUGGACGGAAGCUUUCGUAGGGCCUUCGAGGUUGCUAGAUCUUUGACACCUUUGACAUGUUUGAGCGGAGGAUUCCAAACAAGGUCUGCACAAACUUUGCUAGACGCCCCUGAGAGUGACCUACGGAAUAUUGGUAAUGUCCGAGAAUGUCUCACUCUGCGCGGAGGAGAUGAGAGCUCCAAAAAGGAGGUAGAGAAAGUGAUCGAGGGGUUAGAGAAGGAGAUCGAGGGGGUAGAGAAAGAGAUCGAGGUUGUAGAGAAAAAGAUCAAGAGUGUAGAGAAAGAGAUCAAGAGUGUAGAGAACGAUAUUCAGGUUGUAGAGAAAGAGAUCAAGUGUGUAGGGCAACAGGAUCCGAGGAGGCAUGCAGAACGUAAAGACAAGAAGCAGCUCCGCAAAGACAAGGAGCAGCUUCGCAAGAAAGAGGAGCAGCUUCGCAAGAAAGAGGAGCAGCUUCGCAAAGACAAGAAGCAGCCUGCGACGUUGUAA